UCUUUUUUUGAAUAAAUUCCGUCGUGAUAGGCUGCAAAUUUACUUAUUGUGAUUUUUUGAUUUUAAGAAAUGGUAAAGUUAAUUAAUUUCGCAAUACUUUUGAGCAUAAUUGUUGCAAUUAAUGCAAGAACAAUUAAAAAGACAAAAUUAUGUACCACUGAUUUGGGUACAGAAGGAAAAUGUGUGCCUAUACACCUUUGUAAUAAUGGUAAAAUUGUAACAAAUGGAGAUGGUUCGAUUGAUCCUCGUUUUAGUGUUAGAAUUGAUCUAGAAAUGGAUAUUAAUAGUGAAUGUGAGCAUUAUUUAGAGGAAUGUUGCAGCUUGAACAAAGUUUUUGUAAGAAUUCUCAAUUUUCUUAAGGAACACGAUCAAGUUUAACAGAAAAUUUUUUGCAGCCUGGAAAUCACACCUUAAAACCUAAGCUAUAUGCUGGACAGUGUGGGUUAAGAAAUAAUGACGGUAUUGGAUUCAGCGUUACUGAAAAAGAUCUUGAAGCUCAGUAUGGAGAAUUUCCAUGGAUGGUUGGGAUAUUACAAAGAGAACACAACAUCUAUAUGUGUGGUGGAAGUUUAAUUGCUGAGAAUGUUGUCCUUACAGCUGCUCACUGUCUAAAUGAAUCAAACUUAAAUGACCUCUCAAUCAGGGCUGGAGAAUAUGAUACACAAACAAUAUUUGAAUUAUUCCCACAUGUGGACUACGUAGUUAAGAAAGUUGUCAUUCAUGAAGCUUUCUAUAGAAGAGCACUUCUCAAUGAUAUCGCGCUUCUGUUUCUUGAGAAAAAAGCCAAAAUGAGUGAUGUUAUUGGAACGAUUUGUUUGCCUUCUCAAGAUCAAGCUUAUGAUAACAAAAACUGUAUUGCAACUGGAUGGGGAAAAGAUAAGUUUGGAAGAGAAGGAUUAUAUCAAUCUAUCCUUAAGAAAAUUGAACUUCCAACAGUUCCAUUUGAUGAUUGUGAAGAGAAAUUGAGAGAAACUCGAUUAGGCGAGGACUUUGAAUUAGAUACUAGCUUUAUGUGUGCUGGUGGAGAUGAAGGCAAAGACACAUGCAAAGGAGAUGGUGGAAGUCCUUUAAUUUGUCCUGUUGAUGGACAAGUGAAUCAAUAUUACCAAGCUGGAAUUGUUGCAUGGGGCAUUGAAUGUGGAAAGAAGGAUGUUCCUGGCGUUUAUAUUAAUGUUGCAAAUUAUCGUGACUGGAUUGAAAAGCAAAUAAAAAUCAACGUUUGUCUGUCGACUGUGCAUGAAAAAAGUGUUUUUAGAUUAAUCAUUAAUACAACUUCCUUAUCUCAAAUAAUGGCUAAAUUGAUCUAUUUUACAAUAAUUUUGAGCAUUUUUGUCGCAAUCAUCACAGGAGCUACUAGCAAACGUAAAUUAUGCACUACUUUCGAUGGCAUGGAUGGGAAAUGCGUCCCACUUGCCAACUGCAUAAAUGGAACAAUUGUUAAAAAUGGCUUUGGCAUGAUUGAUCCUCGUUUCCAUAAAGAUGUUGAUUUACGUGAAAAUACAAAUGGACAGUGUGAAGAUUAUUUAGAAGAAUGUUGCCGUUUAAAUACAAUUAGUCCGAUUUCUACAAUAAUUCCUAAUGAACAAGUAACAGAAUGUGGAAUAAGAAAUGGAGAUGGAGUUGGAGUCAGAAUUACAGGAGCCAGUGAUGGUGAAGCCGAGUAUGGUGAAUUCCCAUGGAUGGUGGCACUUCUUCAAAUAGAAUCUGGUCAAAUUAUGUAUUUAUGCGGUGGAAGUUUAAUUGCUCAGAAUGUUGUCCUUACAGCUGCUCACUGUCUGAAUGAAUCGAACUUAAAUGACCUCUUAAUUAGAGCUGGAGAAUAUGAUACACAAACAACAGAUGAGUUAUUCCCACAUGUGGACUAUAAAGUUAAAAAUGUUGUGAUUCAUGAAAAUUUCAAUAGACCAGUGCUUCUUAAUGACAUCGCGCUUCUUUUUCUUGAGGAAAAAGCCAUUAUGAAUGAUAUUGUUCAAACAAUUUGCUUACCAUCACAAGAUCAAGCUUUUGACAGCAAAAGUUGUAUUGCAACUGGAUGGGGAAAAGAUAAGUUUGGAAGAGAAGGAUUAUAUCAAUCUAUUCCUAAGAAAAUUGAACUUCCAACAGUUCCAUUCAGCGAUUGUGAAGAGAAAUUGAGAGAAACCCGAUUGGGCGAAGACUUUGAAUUAGAUACUAGCUUCAUCUGUGCUGGUGGAGAUGAAGGCAAAGAUGCAUGUAAAGGUGAUGGUGGAAGUCCUUUGGUAUGUCCAAUCAAUGGACAAGUGAAUCAAUAUUAUCAAGCUGGAAUUGUGGCAUGGGGCAAGGACUUAAUUUGA